AUGAGUAGACCUAGAAAAGAAAGAAAAUGUAAAAAUUGUGGUUACACACAAUUUGAUGUCAAUAGAUACACUGCUGCGGGGGAUGUUUGUUGUCUUCGAUGUGGGACAGUUACUGAAGAAAACCCCAUUGUUAGUGAAGUUCAAUUUGGAGAAUCCUCUUCGGGUGCGGCCAUGGUUCAAGGGGCUAUGGUUGGUGCUGAUCAAGCUAGAGCGACAUUUGCUGGAGGUCGUCAGAAUGCCAUGGAAAGUAGAGAACAAACUAUAAAUACUGGGAAACGAAGAAUAAAGAGAAUUGCAGCAGCCAUGAAAAUCCCUGAUUAUAUUGCUGAUGCAGCCGCAGAAUGGUUUAGAUUAGCAUUGACUUUGAAUUUUGUACAAGGUAGACGUUCUCAUAAUGUUUUAGCUACAUGUUUAUAUGUUGCCUGUCGUAAAGAGAGAACUCAUCACAUGUUGAUUGAUUUUAGUUCAAGAUUACAAAUAUCUGUCUAUUCCCUCGGGGCUACAUUUUUAAAAAUGGUUAAAGCAUUGCAUAUCACAUCAUUACCACUAGCCGACCCUUCUUUAUUUAUACAACAUUUUGUGGAGAAAUUGGAUUUCAAGGAUAAGGCGACUAAAGUCGCUAAAGAUGCCGUGAAACUAGCUCAUAGAAUGGCUGCAGAUUGGAUCCAUGAAGGUAGACGUCCAGCAGGUAUAGCUGGUGCAUGUGUAUUAUUAGCAGCUAGAAUGAAUAAUUUCAGAAGAAGUCAUGCAGAGAUUGUGGCGGUUUCUCAUGUUGGGGAGGAAACUUUACAGAGAAGAUUGAAUGAAUUUAAAAAGACUAAAGCAGGUCAAUUAUCUAUUAAAUCAUUUAGAGAAGUAGAACAUUUAGAAAGUUCUAAUCCCCCAUCCUUUGAAAAGAAUCGUGCUAUGGAAUUAAAGAUAGCAAAGAAGUUACAACAGCAACAACAAGACACAUUUGAAGGGUUAACUAAAAUCACAGAAGCAAAUGGUGAUGAUAUUCCUCUCAAAAAAGUUGAUAAAGAAGAAUUACAAAAGCAAAUAUUAUUGAAUACUAUAUUGAGUGAUAUUACAAUUACUAGUGAUACUCUUAAUGAGCAAAUGGAUAGAAUAUUAAAAAUGAAGAAGACUAGUUUAGAAAACUCCCUUUAUAAAACCCCAUAUGAAUUGUCAAAUAGCCAAGAGAGUGAUUUGGAUAAGAUCUGGGAUAUGAAUAGGCCAAGAAAUUUGGUUAAGAAUUUACCUAAAACUGACGAAAUUUUAGAAAAAGUAUCUUCAGAAAUGGAAUUAAAUUCAGAUGAUGACGAUGAGAUAGUGAUGGAAAGCAAAUUAACUGAAGAAGAAAUUGCCAUUAAAGAACGAAUUUGGACAGGUUUGAACCAUGACUACAUGGUUGAACAAGAAAAGAAGAGAUUGAAGAUGGAAGCAGAUGAAUUGACUGGUAAUACUUCUAACUCAUCUGGGGGUAAUCGUCGUAAGAAGAAUAAAAAUUCACUUCCUCCAGAACUUCGUAAAGAUUUUGGUGAUAUUGAAUUAGAUGAGGAUGGUACACCUAGAUCAGCUGCUGAUAGUGCCAAAAGAUAUAUUGCUAAAACUUCAGUUUCUAAGAAGAUUAAUUAUGAUUCACUUAAAGGUUUAUUAGGUGGAGGUAUGGGUUUAAACUAA